AUGGACCUACCAGAGAGCCCGGCGGGUGGUCCCGCUUCACAAAUGUACCUCUGGGACCAGCCGGAGGAGGGGCUCCUGGGGACACCGCUCAGCUUAGAGGAGCAAAUACUUAACUCCACCUUCGAAGCCUGUGACCCCCAGAGGACAGGCUUUGUGGCUGUGACCCACGUACUGGCCUACCUGGAGGCUGUGACCGGACAGGACCCCCAGGACGUGCGCCUCCGAACACUGGCCUGCAGCCUGGACCCCAAUGGGGAGGGCCCUCAGGCCACUGUGGACUUGGACACCUUCCUGGUCGUCAUGCGGGACUGGAUCGCUGCCUGCCAGCUGGAUGGACGAUUAGAGCUGGAAGAGGAGACCGCCUUCGAGGGGGCCCUGACCUCCCAGCGACUGCCAUCUGGAAGCCCAAAUGCCGGGGAGCCAGACAACCUGGAGAGCUUCGGAGGCGAAGACCCCAGACCUGAGCUGCCCGGCACAGCUGACCUGCUGAGCAGCCUGGAGGACCUGGAGCUCAAUAACCGCCGGCUGGCCGGAGAGAAUGCCAAACUGCAGCGCAGUGUGGAGACGGCUGAGGAGGGGUCCGCGCGCCUCGGGGAGGAGAUCUCGGCCCUGCGCAAGCAGCUCCGCAGUACCCAGCAGGCCCUGCAGCUCGCCAAGGCUGUGGAUGAGGAGCUGGAAGACCUGAAGAGCCUGGCCAAGAACCUGGAGGAACAGAACCGCGAUCUUCUGGCCCAGGCCCGGCAGACAGAAAAGGAGCAGCAGCAUCUAGUGGCUGAGCUGGAGACUCUACAGGAGGAGAAUGGGAAGCUGCUGGCCGAGCGGGACAGAGUGAAGAGGCGGACUGAGGAGCUGGCCAUGGAGAAGGACUCUUUGAAGCGGCAGCUUUGUGAGUGUGAACACCUCAUUUGCCAACGAGAAGCUGACCUCUCUGAGCGCACUUGCCACGCAGAGAGCCUGGCCAAGACCUUGGAAGAGUACAGAACAACAACCCAGGAACUGAGGCUGGAAAUCUCACACCUAGAGGAGCAGCUGAGUCAGAUCCACAAGGGGCCAGAUGAGCCGCCCAAAGGGACGCAGGCAAGAAGAGAGGACUGGGCCAAGCUGCUGCCCCCGUCGCUGGGCAUGGAGAUCCAGGCCCUUUGGCAGCAACGAGAAGAGGCAGCCGCUGAUCUCUCCAGCCCCCUGUGCGGGGUGUGGCAGUGGCAGGAGGGCGUCAGUGAGAGCGACGAGGAGGCUGAGGGACAGAGAAACUUCCAGGGAGAGCCAGCAUACUGUCAGGAAGGAAGGAAGGGGCAGACGAUGUGGUUGCCCAGAAGAGAGGAAGAGGAGGAUGCAGAGACCCGGGCCAUGGCUGAUCUCUCCAACCCUCUGAGAGACCCUCACCCUCGACACUUUCCAAGAAACCCUCCUGAGAGCCCUGCCCCGCCAGACCUGCGCCAGGCCCUGGUGCCUGUGGAGAAGAAGCUGGUACCUGUCAGGAGGCCGGUCUGGGGCCAGCUCUGCCUGUGCCCCCUGCACCCCCAGCGGCUCAGGGUCGCUCGGCACCCACUGAUCCCGGCACCCGUCCUGGCCCUCCUGCUGCUGCUGCUGCUGCUCUCCCUCCUGCUGCUCGGCCAGUCCCCGCCCCCCACCUGGCCGCACCUCCAGCUCUGCUACCUGCGGCCACCUCCUGUGUGA